AUGGAACCUUUCUCGGACAAUACUAACAUUCAAAGUGCCAAAAAUCAGUUAGCUAUGGAUCAUGGUGUGAGCAAUUGCAAUGGUAAAAUCUGGCUCUUUUGGAACAUGGACAUUGAUUGUGUAGUUCUAGAGGAGGAUGAACAACAAAUUACCUGUGAAUUUAGGCAUAAUGAACUCCAAAACCACUUCACCACCACUUUUGUGUAUGCCAAAUGUAAAGACCAUCUCAGAAGGCCUUUAUGGGAUAGGAUGUUACAUCAAUCUGCUGAUAUUGAUAGGCCUUGGUGUUCUGUGGGAGACUACAAUGUUAUUACUUCUAUUGAAGAAAAACUGGGAGGGGUUCCUUACAACAUGAGAAAAAGUCUUGAAUUCAUUGCUAUUAUUGAGGCCUAUGGUCUUAUAGAUUUAGGCUUCAGUGGACAGAAAUUUACCUGGUCCAACAACAGGGGUAUACAACAGAGAGUUUGGAAAAGACUGGACAGAGCUCUAGUUACUGAUGCCUGGCUGGAAAAGAUGCCUCAGACUACUAUCACCCAUCUACCUUCAGUAGGGUCAGAUCACUGCCCUCUAUUGAUGGAAAUGAAUGCUAGGGAAGAUGAUCAGAUCAAAUAUUUUAAAUUUCUUAAUUGCUGGACUGACCAACCUAAUUUCCUUGAUAUUGUUAAAGCCUACUGGGACAGGAAUGUUGAGGGUAACAACAUGUGCAAAUUUCAUCAGAAACUGAAGAGAUUGUCCAACACUCUUAGCAACUGGUCCAGAGAGGAGUUUGGGGAUAUUUUUGCUAAAGUCAGGGAUUUUGAGGAGAAGGUCAAAACAAUGGAGAAGCAGCUGAUUCAAGAUCCAAGUGAGAGUAAUAUAACUAUACUUCAUGAACUCAAUGCUAGGUAUAUCAAAUUCUUGAAGAUAAAAGACUCCAUUUUGAAACAAAAAACACAGUUGCAGUGGUUCAAGGAAGGUGACUGCAAUACAAAAUAUUUCCAUUCCCUGAUAAGGGGAAGAAGACGAAGGAUUUUCAUUCAUAAAAUUAUCAGGGAGGAUGGGGAAUGGAUACAGGGAGAUGAGGUUAUUGCUGAAGCUGCCUGCGACCAUUUCCAGAAAAUCUUCACAGGAGAUAACAAAAUCAUAAAUGAGGAUGUCCUGGACUGUAUACCACAGAUGGUCACCCAGGAACAAAAUGUUGGACUUACUGCUAUGCCUAAUCUGGAAGAGUUGAAGGAAGUAGUAUUCUUCAUGAACCCCAACUCUGCAGCAGGUCCUGAUGGGAUGAAUGGAUACUUUUUUCAAAAGUGUUGGCACAUUAUCAAACAUGACCUUUUUGGUGUAACUCAUGCAUUCUUUUGUGGUCAAAUGAUUCCCAAGUAUUUCUCUCACUCUUGCAUUGUGCUCCUCCCUAAGGUGAAAAAUCCUAACAAACUUUCAGAAUUCAGGCCCAUUAGUCUAAGCAACUUCACUAGUAAGAUUAUAUCUAAGCUAGUAAGUUCUAGACUAAGUCCUAUUCUACCUAGUUUGGUUUCCCUUAAUCAGUCGGGGUUCGUCAAAGGGAGAAGUAGUUCAGAAAAUAUUAUGCUGGCCUAA